AUGUCGCUGGCGCUUGGCGACUGGGUCAGCGUGCGGGGCCAUGAGGGCCAGGUGCGCUACUUCGGCGCCACCGGCUUCUCCGAGGGCAUGUGGGCCGGCAUCGAACUGCAGGCGGCGGUGGGCCGGAAUGACGGUGCCGUGCGUGGCGUGCGGUACUUUUCGUGCGCGCCGCGCCACGGGUUAUUCGUGCCGGCGUCGCAGUGCGUCAAGAUAGACGGGCCGAGCGACAGCGGCAGCGGCGCGCCCGACCUGGCCGACGCGUGGGUAAAGGUCGAGGGUGCGGAUGAGGGCGCGGCCCUCAAGGCUGGCCAGGAGUCGCAAAAGGUGAUCGACUACCUGACGGCGCAGUACCCGCACGGCGCGACGCCCGACAAGGCGCUCCAGUCCCGCGCCAUCCCAGCGCCCGCGCUCAAGAAGGAGCGCUCUUCAGGCGGCUUCUUCGGAGGCCGCAGCAGCAGCCGCGCGCGCGUCCUCGUCCUGCACGGCGGCCUCUCCCGAACCAACUCGGCCACGCUCGCCCAGAUCUCCGCAAUCGACCGGCGGCGGCCGAUCCCCGUCGCGCCCGUCAACGCCGAGGACAUGCUCUUCUUUGAUUUGAUGUGGGCGGACCCGCGCGCCGUCGACGGCGUCGGACUCUCCGCAGUGCGCGGGGCCGGCUGCGCCACGUUCGGACCCGACAUUACGCGCCGUUUCUGCGAGAUCAACCGGCUACGGAUGGUCAUACGCUCGCACGAGGUGCCAAAGUCGCUCUCGGGCGUGCAGGUGCAGCACGCCGGGCGACUCGUCACCAUCUUCUCCGCCUCAAACUACUGCGGCCGCAUCGGCAACACGGGGGGCACGAUGCUGCUCACGCCGGCGCUCGACUACCAGCUGAUGGAGCAUUGGGCGCCGACAGUCUCUGAGCUAUUGGUCAUGGAGGCGGAGGAGGAGGCGGAGAAGGCGCCGUCGACGCCGAAGGAGAACCCGUCGGAGAAGCGCAAGUCCUUCUCGGCGCAGGCCAACGAGCUGAUGCGCGCGGACGUGCUGCAAAAGAUGAAGGAGCUCGACGACGCCGUGCGCUUCCGCCUCUUCCUCGGCCGCUACCGCGACCUCAAGAGCACACUCGCCUUCUUCGACCCGAACGAGGACGGCGUGGUCACGUAUGAGGAGCUCGUGCUGGUCGACCACUCGAUGGGUAUCCCCGAGGCGUCGCUCAAGGCGCUCGCCGCGACGCUGCUCGGCCAGGGCCAGACGCAGCUGCCAACCUCCUCCCUGCUCGCGCGGCUGCACGUCACGUACCGCGACGUCACCGCCGAGGCUGCCGACGCGGCGGCCGAGGCGGCCAUGCUGCGGCUCGGCGGGUACGAGGUGGACACACUCACCGACGAGCAGCGGGCCUCGAUCGAGCAGAUGCUGCUCGACCUCGCGGCGUGGGUGGACCAGCGGAAGACGGGCGCGAUCAAGUACAUCGACUUCAUCGACGCGUUCCGGAUCCUCGAGGAGCCUCAGGACGCGUCGACCGAAGCCGAGUCGCUGGGGCUGUCGCUCAUCAGUCAGAUGAUGGAGCAGCUGUGCUCCCUCUUCUACCAGCACCGCUGGUCGCUGCAGCGCGCCUUUGAGUACUUUGACGCAAACGGCGACGGCGUCCUCACGCCAGAGGAGUUUGGCACCGCGUUGCGCGCGCUCUCGGAGCUCUCCAAGGCGGCGGACCCGAGACGCGAAGCACAUAGCCCCGCGCUCUACUCUAGCGGCCGGCAGUCGUGCGGCCGUGCAGCGCAGGCGUCGGACGUGUCCUUCUCGCUCGACUUGGACGAGAGGCAGCUCGGCCGCCUCGUGCAAGCGCUCGACCGCGACGGCGACGGCCUCAUCAACUACGACGAGUUCCUGACCGCCCUGGAGAUGCGCGACGUCAUGGAGUUGUAGUGGGAGGCGUGCUGCAGAGGUCGAGAAUCGGCAUGCUGGCACUUGGCCGUGCGCAGCCUAGGCUCAAGCGCGGCGUGGGUGCACGGGCAAGGAUCAAGCAUGCGGGCGGCGGAUGGGAUGGGCGGGGGGGUGGAGGAGGGCACUCGCGUGAACACUUGUGCGCUUGUGGGACGGCGGGCCGGGGCGCGGGGGCGCGGGGUUCGUCCGGCCUUAGAGACGAGAGAAGAAGAGGGAGACGCGGCCCUGGCGGAUGGCGCAUUAUCUUCAUUGACAGAGCACCGUAACGCAUA